AUGACGUACUGUGAAUUAGGGGCCAGCGAGUAUACAGGGAUCAAGACGUCUGAGCUCCACUGCGUUGGGCUCCUAGGGGAACCAGUAGCAGAAAAGACCAAGCUGGGGUGGACUAUUAUGUCACCGGGAACUGAGAUUGACCACACGAAUAUGCUGUGGACACAAACGUGUCAUGUGGAUUAUGCAGAAUUUUGUCGGCUAGACGUCUUAGGUUUUAGAAGAUACCCCAGAACAUGACCAGCGCACAGUCUACGCAGAGUUUAGAGAACAGUUGGUAAGACACCCAGAGGGCUGGUAUGAAACUUCGCUACCAUGGAAAGGUAACCAUCUGCCUUUGCCAAACAAUAAAGCAGUGAGUUUGCGAAGGUUCAGCAACCUCCAGAACAGACGCCAGCGCUUGGAUGUGACCGAGAGUUAUGGACAGAUAAUUGAAAAACAGAAGUCCGUGGGAACAGUAGAAGUCGCAAGUGAUUCACUGCAGGCAAAAGAAUUCUACAUAUCUCACAAGCCGGUGAUCUGUAUUGCCGGAUUGGCACAAGCACUAUUGGCAAUUACCUUGAUUAA